AUGACCCUGACUGAGUAUGACAUCCAACAUGUCACACAAAAAGUUGUCAAAGGAAAUGUCUUAUCCGACUAUCAUGCCCAUCAAUCUUUGGAAGAUUACCAGUCAAUGCACUUUGACUUCCCCGACGAGGAUAUUAUGUUUAUCAUAGACUACAAUAUUCCAGGCCCUGAGGAAGGACCUGUAUCAGGGCCCCGUUGGACACUCAUGUUCGAUGGUGCUUCCAAUGCUCAAGGCAAUGGAAUUAAGGCAGUUAUCACAUCUACAACUGGUUUUCAUCUACCAUUCACUGCAAGAUUGUGCUUCAGUUGCACUAACAACAUGGUGGAGUACGAGGCAUGCAUAUUUGGAAUUAAAGCAACUAUUGAUCUAAGGAUUAAGAUCCUUGAAGUUUAUGGAGACUCAACAUUGGUAAUCUUCCAGGUUAAAGGAGAUUGGGAAGCUCGUGAUCACAAGUUGAUCCCUUAUAAAGGGCAUGCGUGA